AUCUCUCUCUAAAGUCUAAUCUCUCUCUCUCUCUAAACAUAUAGCAACAGAAACAAAAAAAAAAAGAUGGAGAGUAAUAAGCAGCAUAAGCAAGGCGGAGCAACCGCGGUGACCAUCGCAAAACCGUCGAGAUUUAACCGGAUAUGUGUCUUCUGUGGAAGCAGCUCUGGCAAGAACCCGGUCUACCACCAAGCUGCCAUCCAACUCGGGGACCAAUUGGUAGAAAGGAAGAUUGAUUUGGUCUAUGGAGGAGGAAGCAUUGGUUUGAUGGGACUUGUUUCCAAAGCAGUUUUUGAUGGUGGCUGCCAUGUCAUAGGGGUGAUACCUAAAGUGCUAAUGCCAAAAGAGAUUAUCGGGGAUACUUUUGGUGAAGUAAAACCAGUAUUGAACAUGCAUCAGAGAAAAGCUGAGAUGGCACGCCAAGCAGAUGCGUUUAUUGCUUUGCCAGGUGGUUAUGGUACACUCGAGGAACUUCUUGAAGUCAUUACGUGGGCGCAACUUGGAAUCCACAAAAAACCGGUAGGAUUGUUGAAUGUAAACGGGUACUACAACUCACUGCUAUCUUUCAUAGACAAGGCCGUUGACGAAGGCUUUGUCACCCCUGAUGCUCGUAGGAUAAUUGUCUCUGCCCCAACCGCUUAUGAACUCUUGUCCAAGCUUGAGGUAUACGAACCGGAGAAUGUGACGGAAAUCAAGUCGAGUUGGGAAACGGAGCAACAACUGGAAUAUUCCGCAAAGUCAGAGAUUGCACGUUGACUUAAUCUAAGCCUUCACAGUCCCAGUCAAAAACCAUUAACAACGAGUUCAAAUAUGUUAUGUUAUUUUUUAUGUUACAUAUUAGUCAUACAUGUAUCGUAGCGUUGUAUAGUAUAAGAUAAUAAUAUGUAAUAUUAUAUAUUAUGGUACAAUUAUACAUUUGUGUGACAAAAGUAGCACACAGAAGUUAAAAAGAAAAAUUAGGUUUCAUUUCAUUAACACUUGAUAUUAACUCCCUUGAAUAAAAGUGUGUUUUUUGGAUU